GCACCGUGCCCUUCGCCUCCUCCCCGCGCCGUGCGGCUCAGCGGCCCCCGCCAAGAUGUCUCGGGAGCUCGGCUGCAGCCGCUGGCUCCUCUUCGCUGCCUGCGCCCACCUCGUCUUUCUUCUCCCGCCGCUCCGCGCCCGGGCUUUUGCUGUAAGUGUAGUUUCUGAAGGUGCAGAAGAUGAGACUGAACUACCAGUGAUGCAGAACUCUGAAAAAAGUAGAACAAUUAGUAAAAUAGGCAGAGAAUUAAAAGGAAUUGUAUUUGUCAUCCAGAGUCAAAGUAAUUCUUUUCAUUCCAAGAGAGCAGAAGAUCUAAAAAGAGAUAUUUUGGAACAGGCUGUAGAUCUUGGAAAGGAAUUGCCUACGGUUCUGCUUAUUCAUCAGAUCGACAGGCAUGAAGGUGCAUGGACAAUAUUGCCAUUAAUGACAGACUUCUCUGUUACCUAUGGUCGGAACUCCUCAUGGAUUUUCUUCUGUGAAGAAGAUACAAGAAUACAGGUCAUAAAACUGGUAGAAACACUCAGAAGAUUUGACAAGUCUAAGGAGUGGUUUUUAGGUAAAGCAUUAUAUGAUGAAGAAUCUACAAUAAUUCACCAUUAUGCCUUCGCUGAAAAUCCUACAGUCUUUAAAUUUCCAGAUUUUGCUGCUGGUUGGGCACUUAGCAUUCCACUUGUUAACAAGCUUGCAAAGAAGUUGAAGAGCGAACCACUCAAAUCAGACUUUACAAUAGAUUUAAAGCAUGAGAUUGCCCUGUACAUUUGGCACAAAGGGGAAGGACCACAUCUUACUCCAGUCCCCGAGUUCUGCACAGAUGAUGUGAAUUCAUUUAAGGUUGAUCACUGUGCAACAACAUACAGUAACUUUCUGCCACUUUGUGGAGAGCCAGUGAAUAAGGAAGAUGUUUUUGUUGCUGUAAAAACAUGUCGAAAAUUUCAUGGUGACAGAAUACCAGUUGUAAAGCAGACUUGGGAAAGAGAAGCUGCCCUUAUUGAAUACUACAGUGAUUAUGCAGACAUCUCCAUUCCUACUAUAGACUUAGGCGUACCUAACACUGACAGAGGUCACUGUGGGAAAACUUUUGCCAUUUUGGAAAGGUUUUUGAAUCAUACUUCUCCCAGAACCCCUUGGUUAGUUGUAGUGGAUGAUGACACACUGAUAAGUAUAUUCAGACUCCGAAAAUUGCUCAGCUGCUAUGACCCAACUGAACCAGUAUUCCUUGGAGAGCGUUACGGCUACGGCUUGGGAACAGGAGGAUACAGUUAUAUCACUGGUGGAGGAGGGAUGGUUUUCAGCAGAGCAGCUGUUGAGAAACUACUUGCUAGCAAAUGCCGGUGUUACAGCAUGGAUGCACCCGAUGAUAUGGUCCUUGGGAUGUGUUUCAGUGGCUUAGGAAUCCCUAUAACACACAGUCCGCUCUUUCAUCAGGCAAGGCCAAUGGACUACCCAAAAGACUACCUUUCUCACCAAAUUCCGGUAUCGUUUCACAAGCACUGGAAUAUCGAUCCAGUGAAGGUGUAUUUCGCAUGGCUGGCACCAAACACAGGAGAGUCACAUAAUGGAAAAAAAGUUGGAUAUGACAGAGAGGAUUUAUGAGCAGUAGAAGAAUUAGAUUAAAAAUGUAUUCCACUCCAAAGAAAAGCAAUACUUGCUCUAGAGUCGAAGUAGGGGAGCCACCGAUUCCUGUCUUGGUAAUUACCAAACUUGUAUAAACAUUUGUUUGUGAAUGUAGCUUGUGGGCUUCUAAGCAUUGACUAGCAAGCACAUAUUCAUAAUAGAUUCAAAUUCUGAUUAAGAAAUAGCAAUCCAUGUUAUGUCUUUUUUUCUUCCCACUGCCAGUGCCUUAAACAGUAGACAUUUUACUGAUACCAGGACUAUGUUCUCUGAUACUGUUGGUGAAUUGUUAAUUAUGUUUACUGUUUAGAACUGUGAAAGCUGAAUAAAAGCAUUCUUUAACCUUU